AUGGCCCUGUCUGUGCGCACAAGCGCUGGGUCCCGGCAGCUCUCGUCUCGCAGCGGGCUCGGCGGGGGAUCCCUGAGGAUGUCUGGUUCCAGCGCUGGAGGAGGCUUUGGGGGCAGCGGCCUUGGGUUUGGUGGUGGAUCUAGCGGAGGGUUUGGUGGUGGAUCUGGCGGAGGGUUUGGUGCUGCUUCUGUGCUUGGUUCAGGCUCCGGCUUCAGUGGGGGCUUUGGGGGCAGCUUAAGUAGUGGCGUCGGCGGAGGCUUUGGUGGUGGUUUAGGUGGUAGCUAUGGAAGUGGCUUAGGCGGUGGGUUUGGUGGAGGUUUUGGAAGUGGUUUUGGCAGCAGCUCAGGCACUGGCUUUGGAGGUGGCUUUGGAAGCGGCUCAGGAUCUGGUUUCGGAGGUGGCUUUGGCACUGGUGGUGCUGGGGAUGGUGGCCUUCUUUCUGGCUCAAAAAAAGAAACUAUGCAGAACCUCAAUGACCGACUGGCUGCUUAUCUGGACAAAGUACGAUCUCUGGAGGAUGCCAAUACUGAGCUGGAGCGCAAAAUCCGCGAGUGGUACGAGAAAAACGGCCCCGGAGCUGGUGUCCCUGGCACUGGCAAUGACUAUAGUAAAUAUUAUCCUAUCAUCGAAGAUCUUCGAAACAAGAUCAUUAAUGCAACUAUCGACAACGCAAGAAUCAUUUUGCAGAUUGAUAAUGCCAGACUGGCUGCUGAUGAUUUCAGACUGAAAUAUGAGAACGAGGUGGCUCUUCGCCAGAGCGUGGAAGCCGACAUCAACGGCCUGCGCAGGGUUCUCGAUGAGCUGACCUUGACCAGAGCCGACCUGGAGAUGCAGAUCGAAAGCCUGAAUGAAGAGCUGGCCUACCUCAAAAAGAAUCAUGAAGAGGAGCUCCAGGGAAUCCAAAGCACCACUCUUGGCCAAGUCAGUGUUGAAAUGGAUGCUGCCCCUGGAACUGACCUGACCAAGCUCCUGAAUGACAUGAGGGGACAGUAUGAAGUCAUUGCUGAGCAGAACCGUAAAGAGGCUGAAGCAUGGUUCAAUGAAAAGAGUGGGGAGCUGAAGAGGGAAAUCUCCACCAAUACUGAGCAGCUUCAGUCAGGAAAGAGUGAGAUCACAGACUUGAAACGGACCCUCCAGAGCCUGGAAAUUGAGCUACAAUCUCAGCUCGCCAUGAAAAAAUCCCUUGAGGACACUUUGGCAGAAACGGAAGGAGGUUACUGUGCUCAGCUUUCACAAAUGCAGCUUCAGAUCGGGAACCUGGAGUCGCAGCUGUUCCAGGUGAGGGCUGACAUGGAGCGCCAGAACGCGGAGUAUCAACAGCUGCUGGACAUCAAGAGUCGUCUGGAAAUGGAGAUUGAAACCUACCGUCGCCUGCUGGACGGCGAGUUUGUGAGCGCAGGACAGGGAGUUACAUUUGAAAGCUCAUCCUUGACAGGGUCCAAAUCACAAACACAAUCACUGGAUUCUUCUCAGGAUCCUACCAAAACCAGAAAGAUCAAGACAAUUGUCGAAGAAGUGGUAGAUGGGAAAGUUGUUGCGUCGCACGUUAAGGAAGUUGAAGAGAAGAUAUAA